CAGAGUCAACAGCAGAAGUCAGAAAGUCAAAUUCGUAUAAGUGAGGAGGGGGGGAGGACUCCAGACACAAACGUGGACUUACCCGCUGUCUCUGCGUCUCAUCCCAGCCAUCCAGAACCGGGGAGUGAAAACAACGCUGGUUAGUAGUUUCUGCGGGGUCUAGCUGAAGUUUUUUUUUGCGGUUCUAAAGGAGGUUAAUUGGACUUGCGGACUUGUUGGCUCCUCUCUCCGGUUGUUUGGCGCGCCGUUGCAGCGCAGCUCGUCUGCGCACCUGAAUCCGCCACCAUGACCUCAGCGCAUCUCCGCUUCUGAAAAACUACCAUGCUGGCCUCGGUAAGGGGCGACACCCCCUGCUGUGGCGACCCACGGUGAGUGCGCUCGUUCCCCGCCUGUGGAAUGGCCGGAGUCCAGGUGUCUGCAGCAGCGGAGAGCCGAUGUGGCCGCCCGCAGGAGCCAGCCGGGAUCUGAGAGAGCGCACCAGACUGGGAUGCGAGAAGAGAGAGCCUGAGCACAGAGGGACGAACUCCGGCUUGUUUUACCUGGACCUGGGCCGCCCGGAGCCAUGGCCUCUCAGAUGGUGUGCGGACUGAUCUUUAGGCUGCUGCUGCCCAUUUGUCUCGCAGCCGCUUGCCUCUUCAGGUACAAUGUCCUGUCCCUCGUCUACCUCAUCUAUCUCCUGCUUCUUCCCCUCUUCCCAGAGCCGACAAGCACAACAAUGCAAGGCCACACAGGGCGUCUGCUGCAGUGCCUCUGCUUCACCAGUAUGUCCUUCCUGCUGCUGCACAUCAUCUAUCAGAUUACCGUCAACAGCCUCCUGGCCGGGAACUCCAUCUCCUCCAACUUCAGCUGUUCGUCAUGGGAGAGCUCCAUACGACAGAUUGGUUUCGAGAGUGUUAUUGGCGCAGACGCGGGAAACGGUAUCCGAGUGUUCAUCCCCGACAUCGGCAUGUUCCUGGUCGGACUCGCCAUCUGGCUGCUGUGUCGCACUCUGGUCCAGAAAAGGCCGCCUGAGGAAAUGGGCCAGUACAACGAAGACUUCGACGCAGAGGAACAACAGGACGAGGAGAAACCGAGCCUGGAUGACGACGACGACGUCCUGCUGGAGGAUGACCUGGAGACCGGGUACGAGGCCGAGGAGGACGAGGAGAACGAGGAGCUCUACGACGAAGAUGAGGACGAUGAAGAGGAGGAGGAGGAAGAGGAAGCCAAAGAGAGCACUAAGAUGAAGAUCCUGAGGAUGGUGGCGGAGGUUGCUUCCAAAGUGAAGGAGAUCAUCGGGAACCUGAUCACCACAGCAGGGAAAGUGGUGGUCACCAUCCUGCUGGGCAUGACAGGGAUCAUGCUGCCUUCGCUGACAUCUUUUGUUUACUUCUCCAUUUUCCUGUUCCUGUGCACCUGGUGGUCUCUCUGCCGGACCUUCAACACCCUCAUAUUCAGCUGCAUGUGCGUCCUGAUGGCCAUCUUCAGCGCCGGACACCUCUUGGUGCUCUACCUUUACCAGUUCCAGUUUUUCCAGGAGUCCAUCUUCCCACAAGACAACUACAUCAGAGUCUUUGGCAUCUCCCCCAUCGUCCAGACCAACUGCUCCUACACCUGGAAGCUGAUUGUUCACCCGGACCGUAAGUGGUACCACUUCGUCAAUCCCAUCAUGCUGCUGGUCCUCUAUUACACCCUGGCAACGCUCAUCCGCCUCUGGCUGCAGGAGCCCAUCGACCAACUCAUGGACGAUAAGGAUGAAGAUAUGUGCGAGGAAGAGAAGCAGAGUGGAAACAGACUGAGUAACUCGGCCAACAGGAAGAGGCAGCUCUGGUGGGAGUCUCGCCAGGGCACGGAUGAGAAGAACCUUCUCUCCACCCAGGAUGGAAUCAGUACUACUGAGGUUGUUCCCACCCCAAACGGGACGUCUUUUGACUUCGUCACCACUGAAAAUGGACCGGCGUCUCUGGACUUGUACUCAACCCCCCAGUAUAAACUGGACAAGCUCAGUGACGGAACAGAGAAGAAAGACGAGUCUGUGUAUGAAGUGAGCUUGCCUCCUGAGGAUUCAGCACUGAAGGAAUCAGAAGAAGAAGAAGAGAAUGACAUUAAGAAAAAAGGAGUCGGCGCGAUGGUGAAAGUUUUCCAUUUCAUCAUGAAACAGAGCUACAUCUGUGCUCUAAUAGCUAUGAUGGCGUGGAGCAUCACCUAUGUGAGCUGGCUGACCUUCGUCUUCCUCAUGUGGUCGUGCGUCCUGUGGAUGGUGAGGGACCGGCGGCGGUACGCCAUGCUGUCGUCUCCCUUCAUGGUGGCCUACGGCAACCUGGUGAUCGUCCUGCAGUACAUCUGGAGUUUUGAGAACAUGACGCCGGUCGCAGGAUUCUUUGUCUCGAAGAAGAACCCGUUCCACUCGCUUUCAUCCAAGAUGUUGUGUCUGUUGACGUUCUGGUUGCUGCUGAGACAAACGCUAACAGAGCGACAGGAGAAGCUGAAAGAAGACAGCGCAGGUCUUUCAGACGUCUUUGUGGACGAACAGAAGAAAAAGGAGGAGGAGGAACCAGAGGAGGGAGGAGAGCAGGACCUCAUGCAGGUUCUGGGCGGCCUGGUGAUGAGCGUUCUGGUCAAAUACUGGAUCUACAUCUGUGGCGGGAUGUUUUUCAUCGUCAGCUUCGAAGGAACCAUCGUCAUGUACAAGAUCAUCUACAUGAUGAUGCUACUCUCCUGUGUGGCGCUCUACCAGGUUCACUACGAGUGGUGGAGAAGGAUCCUGAAGUACUUCUGGAUGACUGUGGUGAUGUACACCAUGCUGGUCCUCAUCAUUGUCUACACCUUCCAGUUUGAUGGAUCCGACAACUUCUGGAAAUCAGCGCUGAAUGUGACGGACGACAAGUUGAAGGACUUGGGUCUGGAGCGGUUUUCAGUUUCCAUGCUGUUCACCCGGAUCUUUAUUCCCACUUCCUUCCUGCUGGUGUGUAUCCUCCACCUGCACUAUUUCCACGAACCCUUCCUGCAGCUCACCGACCUGCAGGCCGUGAUAGCCAAAGAAGAAAGCACCAUCUACAGACUGGCGGAGCCCGCAGCGAGCCUGGAGGACCUCACCAUGCUCAGUGCGAGCUCGGUGGAGGCGGCGCUGCCCGGGGAGAAGGAAGAGCUGGAGGCGGAGGAGCGGAGCUGGGGCCCGGGAAACGACAAGCAGCAGGCGCUCGUUUUGGUGGCCGACGCCAACAUGAGCGACGAGAAACCCAAGAGCUUCUCCGACCAGCGCCAGUCCAGCACGGAGGAGAGCCAGCGCUGCAGCGCCGCGACAGAGCCGGAGCCAACCACGGAGCAGAGCUCAGAUCUGAAGAAUAAAUGGCAUCUGGUGGUGGACCGGCUCUCGGUGCUCUUCCUCAAGUUCCUGGAAUAUUUCCACAAACUGCAGCUGUUCAUUUGGUGGCUGCUGGAAAUCCACAUCAUCCAGAUCGUAUCAUGCUACAUUGUUAUCGUCUGCAUCUGGGAGGUGUCUUUGCUCAACUAUGUGUUCCUGGCGUCGUGGGCCUUCGCGCUGCCCUACAGCCAGUACCGACCUCUUGCUUCUAGUGUUUGCACUGUCUGGACGUGUGUCAUCAUUGUGUGCAAAAUGUUGUACCAGCUGAAGACUAUAGAGCCCCCAGAAUACAAAUGCACCGUACCAGAUUUUUACCCAGACGAGGUUAAGAAGAGGCUUGUGAAGACGCCGUUGUAUAAUAGCACAUCUGACCUCGGUAACUGGGUCGGCCUGAGGAAGGAUAACGAAGACCUGCUCAGAUACCUGAGGAACAACCUGUUGAUGUUGGCGCUGCUGGCCUGUGAGGUGACCAUCUAUCGCCAUCAGCAGUACUUCAGGCUGAGGAACAAACUGUUGCCUCCCGCAGCCAGAAUCAUCUUCCAUGAUGUCACUCGCCAGCACCUCGACAUCGGCAUCGUCAGCUUUGUUAAAUACUUCGUCAACUACUUCUUCUACAAGUUUGGACUAGAGACAUGCCUGCUGCUGGUGGUAAACGUGAUUGGUCAGCGAAUGGAUUUCUACGCCAUGCUCCACGCCUUCGCCCUCAUCGCGGUCAUGCACAGGCGCAGAAGAAAAGCCAUCGCUGAGAUCUGGUCAAAGUACUGCUUCUUCCUGGCAGGCAUGCUCACAGUCCAGUACUUUGUCUGCAUCGGGAUCCCACCAGCUGCCUGUAAAGAUUAUCCCUGGAGGUUUCCAAACUCUACGACCGGCUCCAAUGUGAUCAAGUGGCUCUAUGUCCCAGACUUCCAAAUGAAGCCCAAUCCAUAUUUCCUCGUCUACGACUUCAUGCUGCUGCUCUGCGCCUCUCUGCAGAGGCAGGUCUUCGAAGACGAAAACAAGGCCGCGGUGCGCAUCAUGGCCGGAGACAACGUGGAGAUCUGCAGAGACCUGGACGCCGCGUCCUUCAGCGUCCACAACCCCGUCCCCGACUUCAUCCACUGCAGGUCGUACCUUGACAUGCUAAAGGUCAUCAUGUUCAGCUACCUGUUCUGGUUCGUCCUCACCAUCAUCUUCAUCACCGGCACCACCCGGAUCAGCGUCUUCUGCAUGGGCUACCUGGUGGCCUGCUUCUACUUCCUGCUGUUCGGCGGUGACCUGUUGCUGAAACCAAUCAAGAAGAUCCUCCACUACUGGGACUUCCUGAUUGCCUAUAACAUCUUCGUAAUCACAAUGAAGAACAUUUUGUCAAUCCUGGCGUGUGGUUACAUCAACUCUCUGGUGAAGAACCAAUGCUGGUUGAUCCAGUUGUUCAGUCUGGCCUGCACUAUCAAAGGUUACCACAUAGAAACCAUAUCGUCCAGCCAAGCCAAGGGAAACUUCUGUGAGCUCCCCAAAGACGAGGCCGGGAUAAUCUGGGACAGCAUCUGCUUCGCCUUCCUGCUGCUGCAGAGACGAGUCUUCAUGAGCUACUACUUCCUGCACGUGGUGGCAGACAUCAGAGCGUCGCAGAUCCUCGCCUCCAGAGGAGCGGAGCUUUUCCAGGCCACCAUAGUGAAGGCGGUGAAAGCUCGACUGGAGGAGGAGAGCAAAUCAGUGGAGCAGCUGAAGAGACAGAUGGACCGCAUUAAGGUGAGGCAGCAAAAGUUUAAGAGGGGCAAGGAGAAGAUGCUGAGCCUGGCGCAGGAGUCUGCCGACGGACAGACGCUCGUCCGGCCCGAGGAGGAGGAGGAUGAUGAUGGAGCACAGCGAGCGAAAGCCAAGACCAAAAAAAAGCAGUGGUGGAGGCCGUGGGUUGACCAUGCUUCCAUGGUUAGAAGUGGAGAUUAUUACUUGUUUGAAACUGACAGCGAGGAAGAAGAGGAGGAGGAGGAGAAAAAAGACGAGGAGCCGCCAAAGAAGUCGGCCUUUCAGUUUCUUUACCAGGCCUGGAUCACGGACCCCAAAGCUGCUCUGAAGGCGCGAGCCAAAGACAAACGCAAGUUUUGGAAGAAAUACACAAAAAGAGUGAGAGGCAGGAAAAGCAAGAAAGAUGCAGGUCAUGUUGCGAUCGAGGUGGGGGAGCUUUCUGAUGGGCAAGAAACAGGAGAAGAAAACAAAAAGUCUGCUGGUCCAGACAACAUCAUCAAGCGGGUGUUCAACAUCAUAAAGUUCACCUGGGUGCUCUUCCAGACGACGGUGGAGAGCUUCACCAACUGGAUGAACGACAUGUGCAGGGAGUACCUCGACAUCUCCACCGUGCUUCGCAUCGAGCGCUGCAUGCUGACGCGGGAGGUCAAAAAGGGCAACGUGCCGUCCAGAGAGAGCAUCCAUGUUUACUACCAGAAGGCCAUGAGGCUGAACAUCUCCAGGCAGGCCAGCCUGGACCAGCUGAGCGAGGACGGGUCCAUGUCCGGCUCCACCAAGGGCCCAAAGAGAAGGAGAGCCUACCCGAUGGAGAGCCAGGACUCCACGGCCUCCAGAGACAGCAUGUCCAGUGCCUUCACGGAGGCCACCACCCUGUUUUCCCGGCAGUCCACUCUGGAAGACAUGGACCCAAUGCCGGAGAACAUUCCCAAAACCAGUCAGCGCCCCAGGCCCAGUCUGCGGAAGAUGUACAGCAUGGACAUUGCUAAUUCGUCCAUAGACAGCGGCAGCAGCGUCGUAUCCAGUGAAACGACUCAAAGCGUCAUGAUCUACUCCAGACAAGGAACCACAGACACCAUCGAGGAAGUGGAGGACGAACAAGAUCAAGGAGAAGACGCUCAGCGUCCCGCGGACAAUCAGGAAGCAGAGGAGACGCAGCGUGAUGAGGUGAACGUUGAAGAUGAUGAUAAAGAGCUGCGGCAACCUGAUGAAGAAGUUGGAGGAGAGGAGCAAGAAGUAGAGGCUGCUCCCCGCGACUCCUUUGGCCCAGAUGAGGGGCCGUCCGCCAGGCAGGACGACGCAGAAUCGGCUGCCUCAUCACGGGAGAACAACUCAAUCAGCGAGAGCGAAGACGCAGUCGCACAGCAGGACUUCUCGCAGACGGAGGACCAGGCCGUCAUGCUCUACACCCCGGAUACAGACGCUUCCAAAACGUCCGACACCGACGUGCCGCCCAGCUACAGCAAGGCGGUGAGCUUUGACCGCCUGGAGGUCAGCAACGACGAGAGCGACGACGAGAGCGACUCCUACCGGAGGCGGCGGUUGGUCAUGACGUCUGACAGCCGCUCGGACAGCAGGUCGGACAUCAUGCUGCCAUCGAUGACCACCGAGCUGACGGCCAGCGAGCUGCUGCUAAACAAGAUGUUCUACGACGAGGAGCUGGAACAGUCGGACCAUUUCUACCAAACCCAGCCGCUGAUCCUGCAGUUCUGCUACGCCCUCUACAACAUGCUGGUGGCCCACUCCGAGUUCGUUUGCUACCUGGUCAUCAUUAUCAACCACAUGGUGUCGGCCUCCUUCGUCACCCUGGUUCUCCCCAUCACCAUCUUCCUCUGGGCCAUGCUGUCGGUGCCGCGGCCCAGUAAACGCUACUGGAUGACGGCCAUCAUCUACACAGAGGUCACCAUUGUCAUCAAGUACUUCUUCCAGUUUGGCUUCUUCCCCUUCAACCAGAACAAGAUAGACAGGAAUAAACCAUAUCAUCCUCCCAACAUCAUUGGUGUAGAGAAGAAAGACGGAUACGUCCACUAUGACCUGAUCCAGUUGCUGGCUCUGUUCUUCCACAGGUCCAUCCUGAAGUGUCACGGUUUGUGGGACGAAGACGACCCCAAGGAGAAAAAAGAGGCGGCUCGUCAGAGUCGGAGCGAAUCUGAGGACGAGGGGAGAGACAAAGAGGAGAGCGAGAAGGAGUCGGAGCCGGCCUCAUCGCUGAUCAACGAGAGGAGAGGUUCCAACCACACCUUGAAGUCCAUGACCUUUGGCACUUCCAUUGAUUCAGGACAGGUCCAGGUUCAUUACCCGCAGCCGCAGACGUACCAGAGGCGGAAAAGCUCCAGCGGAGGCUCGCAUGUUUCCUACCGAUCUCGAGGUUCUUCUGCAAGAUCCAAGAGAGGAAGUACAGCUUCCCGCCACAGCAGCCACAAAGACGGCAGCCAGGCCAGCGUCCAGCAGAAGACCCGCAAGCAGAUGAUCAUCGAGAAGCUGAGGGAGCAGCUGCUCAAAGCAAAGGCUUUCGCCAUAAAGCGGUUUUUGGAGCUCUACCUUCCCAUGAAGCAGUUCUUCUACAACCUGAUCCACCCGGAGUACAGCGCCGUCACCGACGUCUACGUCCUGAUGUUCCUCGCCGACACCGUCGACUUCAUCAUCAUCGUCUUCGGUUUCUGGGCCUUUGGGAAACAUUCGACAGCGGACAUUACGUCGUCUCUCUCGGAGGACCAGGUCCCCGGUCCCUUCCUGGUCAUGGUUCUGAUCCAGUUCGGCACCAUGGUGGUGGACCGGGCUCUCUACCUCAGAAAGACCGUCAUGGGGAAGGUCAUCUUCCAGGUCAUCCUCGUCUUCGGGAUCCACUUCUGGAUGUUCUUCAUCCUGCCGGGCGUCACGGAAAAGCGUUUCAGUGAGAACACGGUCGCCCAGAUGUGGUAUUUUGUCAAGUGCAUCUACUUCGGGCUGUCAGCCUAUCAGAUCCGCUGCGGCUAUCCAACCCGGGUCCUGGGAAACUUCCUCACCAAGAGCUACAAUUACGUCAACCUCUUCCUGUUCCAAGGUUUCCGCCUGGUGCCUUUCCUGACGGAGCUGCGAGCGGUGAUGGACUGGGUUUGGACCGACACUUCCUUGUCCCUGUCCAGCUGGAUCUGCGUGGAGGACAUAUAUGCUCACAUUUUCAUCCUCAAAUGUUGGAGAGAAUCUGAGAAGAGAUACCCUCAGCCGCGAGGCCAGAAGAAGAAGAAGGUGGUGAAGUACGGGAUGGGAGGAAUGAUCGUGGUGCUGCUCAUCUGCAUCGUCUGGUUCCCGCUGCUCUUCAUGUCGCUGGUGAAGUCCGUGGCCGGCGUCGUCAACGCGCCGCUGGACGUCUCCGUCACAAUCACCCUGGCUGGAUUCCAGCCCAUCUUCACCAUGAGUGCUCAACAAAAACAACUCCACUCUGUGAAAGAGGACGACUUUGUCAAAUUUAAGACAGGAUUUGUAACACCCGACGAAGCCAAAACGAAUAUGGCCACGCAGUGGCUGGAGAAGUACUUUGCAGAGGAUUUGAUCAUCGCAGAGCUGAAAGGCAGCUCCAACUCCCUGUGGACCAUCAGCCCGCCCAGCAGACUCAACCUGAUAGAAAUGUUGGGAUCGAAGGAGAAAGGGGAGAAGGGGGAAGAUCAGGAGUUCCUGAUCACCGUCUCCUGGACUGUGCAGAGAAACCUCAGUCUUGGUGCCAAAUCUGAGAUGGCAUCUGGGAAAAAUGUGAUACCUCUGGAAGAAAGCACAAAGCGGGAUCUCGUUAUGCUUCUGAAUGGGACAGCCAGCCAGUUAAAAGUGAUGAUCCCAGAACUCAUUCCCCGCUACAUCCGAGCCCCCAGCAACUCUGAAGCCACGCCCGUUGAACAGCUCGGUGAAAACAUGUUCAACGUUUCCCUCACUCUGAUGCGAGCCCACAACGCCUCUGAUCAGAUCCAGGAAUGGUGGAUCCUGAACCAGCUUGACCCCGGGCCCUUAAAGAGCAUCGGUACCAAAAACGAACCGGGCCUGAACAUCUACGUCUUCAGCGACCAAGUGAGCCCGCCCAGCCUGGGCUUCCUGGCCGGAUACGGAAUCAUGGGUCUAUACGCCUCCGUUGUUCUGGUCAUCGGGAAAUUUGUGCGCGAGUUUUUCAGCGGCAUCUCCCACACCAUCAUGUUCGAGGAGCUGCCCAACGUGGACCGCAUCCUCAAGCUGUGCACCGACAUCUUCCUGGUGCGAGAGACGGGCGAGCUGGACCUGGAGGAGGACAUGUACGCCAAACUCAUCUUCCUCUACCGCUCGCCGGAGACGAUGAUCAAGUGGACCCGGGAGAAAACCGAGUGACAAACGGAGACGACGCCGAGCUUUUCAGGGGAACUGCGUGAGCACAAAACGGCGCUCAGUCGGCCAUGAUGCCUCGCAGAAACACUGAUUUUAACUUAAACUGGUACAUUUUACUUGUUAAGGGUGAAAAGCAGUGAAACUGAGCACAAAUCUUCAGCUGCAGAAGUUGUUUCUACUGCUCAGCGUGAAACGUGGCUGCAGCUUUACUGAUUUAAGGGCUUUCCACUGACGAGCAUGAGCACAGUGAGGACCAGACGAACUCAAUCCCAGACUCUCCAAACAGGAUCUGUCGGAUCGGGACCGAGCAACGAUGGGAGCGCACACAAAACAAAGUCAAUUAGUGACAGAGAAUCAUUACAUUUCUUCACACAAGGCAGUCUGAAAUGAGAAAAAAAAUGACUUUCUUGCCUUAUUUUGUUUGUAUGAGAAGAACUGAACCUGUUCAGAAUCACACAUCUUUCUCAGGAAGAGCCGUUUUCACCGAUACGUUUGUGUUGUACCUGUAGGCUUUAACGCAUCUAAAAGAAUGUGAGAUUGUAGAAAAGGUGAGAACUAUUUAAAUGGCAUGAAAUAUAAAUAGAUGGAUUGAAGUCAAGUUUGUUUACUGCACAUUUGGGAAGGACGGGGGGGGGGUUCUUUGAAAAAAAUGAGAUCAUUGCCAAUCAGUUACAUUAAUUCAAUCUGAGUCUUCAUCACCCAUAAACCCACAGAAAGACAGAAGAAGAAAUGCUUCCUCACAAAAAAAGGGCUGAGAGACACGAGCCCUUUGGUCCAGACUAUGCAUUAAAUAACAUUUUAGCAUGACUGAAAAACUUAACUAUUGCCAUGAAUAAUUUUCAGAACAUGUACAUACAGGGAGAUCAUGUUACUGAAGGGGCCGGGCGCUGAGGAAUGAUAUGUGAAAUCGUAGCUGUAUAUUAAGACGAUGUGACAAGAUGUGCAAAUAAAAGAUGUCUUGAAAGGUU